AUGGUUGGAAAUCAACCACACUCUCCGCAUCUUGAUGAUCACUGCUACAGUAGUUGUGCAGAGACCGCAUGUAUUCCACCUGAGCAUGCAAGUGCUCAUACUUCCUUUGGACCACCUAAAAGGUCUCCAACACAUGUCGCAACUCUACAGCAGUCACUCUGGUGGCGGCUCUGCAUAAUGAUACCUGAGGAAGUAAAUAGGCCCAAUAUGGAGAUUGUGCCUUCUGUGGAUCUUACAAAAGCUUUCACCACUAGCCAAGCUUUUGAAUCCUCCAAAGAUCUUGUUAAUUGGGCCAAAGCUGUAGGUAAAGAGCAUGGCUAUGUUAUUAUUAUUCAGAAGUCGGACUAUGGAUCUGACAAAAGGAGGGCCGUGAUGACACUAGGAUGUGAGCGUGGCGGCAAAUAUAAACCAUCCACAUCGGUGUUAAAGCGAAAUCGGACUGGAACUAAGAAGUGUAAUUGUCCAUUCAGGCUAAGGGCAAGGCGUAGUAAUAAAGAUAAAAUGUGGACGGUGCUUGUGCAUAGUGGGAUCCAUAAUCAUGACACUGCUGAGGUUUUGCAGGGUCACUCAUAUGUUGGCCGUCUAAAUCCAGAGGAAAAGGCGAUGGUGGGAGAAAUGAUUGAAGAAAGGGUCAAGGCCAGUGAUAUUUUGAUUGCUAUAAGGAAACACAACCCAACCAACUUGACUAGAAUUAAACAGAUUUACAAUGAGAAGCAAGCAUACAACAGGUUGAAGAGGGGAUCGUUGACCGAGAUGCAACACUUGAUGAAGUUGUUGGAAGAACACAAAUACGCACAUUGGUCCAGGGUGCAGGAUGGUACUGAUGUGGUCAGAUCUUUGUUUUGGGCACACCCUGAUUCCAUUCACUUAUUCAAUGAGUUUCCUCAUGUUGUGAUUCUGGAUAGUACAUACAAGACCAAUAGGUACAGGACCCCUUUACUUGAGAUGGUGGGGGUUACGUCGACAAAUUUGACAUACUCAAUUGCUUUUGCGUACAUGCAGAAUGAGCAAAAGGAUGAGGUUGUUUGGGCUGUGAAUAGAUUAAAAGACUUGAUCAUUAAUGAGGACAAUCUGCCGAAGGUCUUUGUUACAGACAAAGACCAAGUUUUGAUGGAAGCAUUGGAAACUGUUUUUCCCGCAGCUAGCUGUCUUCUAUGUCAGUUUCAUGUACUUAAGAGUGUAACUGGCGAGAUGAAGAAACUUGUGAAAGACAUUGAGACACGUGAAGACAUUACUGAUAGAUGGAAUCGAUUGAUGUAUGCUGCCAACGAGGUUGAGUAUGAUAAAGCUGUGGGUGCUAUGUCGAAUACCGGUGAGCUCUGGACUUACAUUGAGACUAACUGGUUGCCUUUGAGAAGCAAGUUUGUGAAGUUUGAGAUUGAUACUUGUAUGCACAUGGGGUGCACGACAACAAACAGAGUUGAGGGGGCACACUCAAAGCUGAAGAAACUAUUGUCCGACAGUAAGGGUGACUUGGUCAUUGCGUGGACUGCGAUGAACAAGCUUAUUAUCAUGCAGCAUGACAAGAUAAAGGAGUCCUUCCAGCUCAGCAUAUUUGUCACAGAGCAUUCUUUGAAUGACCCGUUCUAUAAGCAUUUGCGCGGGUUUGUAUCUAGAGCCGCAUUGCACAUUAUUGUUAAAGAGAAGACUCAAAUUGGCAUGAUUGGGGUUGGUGGUAUAUACUGUGAAUGUGUACUUAGGAGAACCCAUGGACUACCAUGUGCUUGUGAGCUCAUGAAGUUUGAAUCUGUCCCAUUACUUGCAAUUCAUCCACAUUGGAGGAAAUUGACUUGGGAUUCUUCGGACCGUGACAUGGAUCCAACAUUGGGUUUGAGUUUUGAGUCUGAAUUUGAUAAAUUACGAACCAAGUUCGAGGAGUCUUCUCACGGAGUUAGAAUGUCGAUCAUUGAGAGCCUUAGAAUGAUUACUUAUCCAGAAACGACUUCUAUGUGCGCUCCAACAAAGAAGAAAACAAGGGGUAGGCCAAUGGGAUCCACUAACAAGCCCAAGAAGUUUGCCAAGGGAUGUGGUGAGACCUCUACAAAGCGCAUUCCUUGUAGAUGGGAGACUAUUGACAAGGAGUAUCCGGGCUCAUGGCGUGAUAGCAACACGACACCAUUACAGGAACCUUCUCCAAAGGUUAGGUCUCAAAAGGCUUCUAAGGCUUCGAAGGCUUCUAAGGCUUCUAAGGUUUCUACGGCUUCUAAGGCUUCUAAGGUACAAAGUCCUCUGAUCCGGAUGGUGUGUACAAAGAAUAAGAAGCCUGUGAGUAGUUACCUACGUCGGCGCUACCUUAAACAAAUCCCUGGUGAGUUUCAUCCAUUCGUUGUUGACUUUAUAAAUGUAAAGGGAGAUGGCCACUGUGGAUAUAGAUGUGUUGCAUCGUUGAAGGGUCUUGCAGAAGACGAUUGGCCACUUAUACGUAGGGAACUUCUGACGGAGAUUGAUUCGGAUGCUAAUAUGUACAUCAACAUGUUUGGAGCCAGCGAGGUUAACCAAAUGCGUUUAGCUCUAACAGUUAAGGAUACUAAGCCCGUAGGUGAAGACAAGUGGAUGAUGAUACCAAAUAUGGCCUACCUUAUUUCCACAACAUAUAAGUUCAUAGUGUUGACUAUUGCUAAUACCGGAUGCAACACUUUUUAUCCGUUAAAGGGAAAGGCGGACCUAGUGGAAGAGCACAAAUUCAUGCCGAUUGUGCUUGUCAAUAAAGAUCAUUUCGUUGGGGUUACUCUUCGUGAAGGCCAUCCAAUGCCGACCACAGCUCACUUGUGGGCAUACAACUGUCACCCGGAUGCAAGAAAAUGGGAAGAGCCUUACAAAGAGCGCAUUGAAGAAUACGCGGCUUAUCUGAAACAAAAAAAUGGAGGAUGUAGUGAUGAUAUUAUUGACCUUAGUGAUGAUUAAUUAUGUUGGAUCAUUAAGUUGUUUUGUAACGAAUUGCUUGUAAUUUAUAUGCGUGUAACGGAUGAUUACUUUGAACUUUAUAACUGUCUCCUUAAAAAGCUUGUGAUGCCUCUGGAUUGUUAUAACUGUCAGGAAAUCAGUCUGUGCAUGCCUCUGUUAUAACUGUCAUUAAUUUUCAUCCUGUCCGCACUUAUAACUGCGGUAGGUCAUGACGCAUCUGUAAGAGGUACUGUAAGCCUCAUUAAUAGAACCAAUUUCCCGUGGUUAUAACUGCGGAGGUGUUUUUAUUUUCAUCCUGUCCGCACUUAUAACUGCGGUAGGUCAUGACGCAUCUGUAAGAGGUACUGUAAGCCUCAUUAAUAGAACCAAUUUCCCGUGGUUAUAACUGCGGAGGUGUUUUUAUUUUCAUCCUGUCCGCACUUAUAACUGCGGUAGGUCAUGACGCAUCUGUAAGAG